UCCGUUUCCGGUGGCUCGUCGCGCUCGCUCACUCCAGCUGCAGCCACUCUUGCCCGUGGCUGCUUCCUCCAUCCUGGUAUUUUUUGGAGCCUCCAUCCUGGUUCUUCCAAAGUGCCCGGACCCAAAACAGGAAAGUGUUGCAGAGGUAAGAAUAUGGGAGAGAAGCAGUCUGGAUAACAUGAAGGUGAUGCUGGUGUCUAAGGGAAAGCGACUUGAUUCUGUGGGAAGGGCUAUACCUGAUUCAUCUAUUUUCUAGAUUUGAGUAUGAGCACAGUUGAAGAGGAUUCUGACACAGUAACAGUAGAAACUGUGAACUCUGUGACUUUGACUCAGGACACAGACGGGAACCUCAUUCUUCAUUGCCCUCAGAAUGAAGCUGAUGAAAUAGACUCAGAAGAUAGUACUGAACCUCCACAUAAAAGGCUUUGUCUGUCUUCUGAGGAUGAUCAGAGUAUUGACGAUUCUACUCCUUGCAUAUCAGUUGUUGCACUUCCACUUUCAGAAAAUGAUCAGAGCUUUGAGGUGACCAUGACUGCAACCACAGAGGUGGCAGAUGAUGAGAUUACUGAGGGAACUGUGACCCAGAUCCAGAUUCUACAGAAUGAACAACUAGAUGAUAUAUCUCCCUUGGGUAAUGAGGAAGUUUCAGCAGUUAGCCAAGCAUGGUUUACAACUAAAGAAGAUAAGGAUUCUCUGACUAACAAAGGACAUAAAUGGAAACAGGGGAUGUGGUCUAAGGAAGAAAUUGAUAUUUUGAUGAACAAUAUUGAACGCUAUCUAAAGGCACGCGGAAUAAAAGAUGCUACAGAAAUCAUCUUUGAGAUGUCAAAAGACGAAAGAAAAGAUUUCUACAGGACUAUAGCAUGGGGUCUGAACCGGCCUUUGUUUGCAGUUUAUAGAAGAGUGCUUCGCAUGUAUGAUGACAGAAACCAUGUGGGAAAAUAUACACCUGAAGAAAUUGAAAAGCUCAAGGAGCUCCGGAUAAAGCAUGGCAAUGACUGGGCAACAAUAGGGGCGGCGCUAGGAAGAAGCGCGUCUUCCGUCAAAGAUCGGUGCCGACUGAUGAAGGAUACUUGCAACACAGGGAAGUGGACAGAAGAAGAGGAAAAGAGACUUGCAGAGGUGGUUCAUGAAUUGACAAGCACUGAGCCAGGUGACAUAGUGACACAGGGCGUGUCAUGGGCAGCUGUGGCAGAGCGAGUGGGUACCCGCUCAGAAAAGCAGUGUCGUUCUAAAUGGCUCAACUACCUGAACUGGAAACAGAGUGGAGGAACUGAAUGGACCAAGGAAGAUGAAAUCAAUCUCAUCCUCAGGAUAGCAGAGCUUGAUGUAGCUGAUGAAAAUGACAUCAACUGGGAUCUGUUAGCGGAGGGAUGGAGCAGUGUCCGUUCACCACAAUGGCUUCGAAGUAAAUGGUGGACCAUCAAAAGGCAGAUUGCAAAUCAUAAGGAUGUUUCGUUCCCUGUCUUAAUAAAAGGUCUUAAACAGUUACAUGAGAAUCAAAAAAACAACCCAACGCUUUUGGAGAAUAAAUCAGGAUCUGGAGUUCCAAACAGUAAUUCCAAUUCCAGUGUACAGCAUGUUCAGAUCAGAGUCGCCCGCUUGGAAGACAAUACAGCCAUCUCUCCAAGCCCCAUGACAGCCUUGCAGAUUCCAGUCCAAAUCACUCAUGUCUCUUCAACAGAGUCCCCUGCUGCUACUGUUGACUCGGAAACAAUAACACUAAACAGUGGAACACUACAGGCAUUUGAGAUUCUUCCAUCUUUCCAUUUACAGCCCACUGGCACUCCAGGUACCUACCUACUUCAGACAAGCUCAAGCCAAGGCCUUCCCCUCACUCUGACGGCUAGUCCCACAGUAACCCUGACAGCUGCUGCUCCUGCUUCUCCUGAACAGAUCAUUGUUCACGCUUUAUCCCCAGAACAUUUGUUGAACACAAGUGACAACGUCACAGUGCAAUGUCACACACCACGAGUCAUCAUUCAGACCGUUGCCACAGAGGACAUCACUUCUUCCAUAUCCCAAGCAGAACUGACAGUAGAUAGUGAUAUUCACUCAUCUGAUUUUCCUGAGCCUCCAGAUGCCCUAGAAGCAGACACUUUCCCAGAUGAAAUUCAUCAGCCUAAGAUAACUGUAGAGCCAUCAUUUAAUGAUGCUCAUGUAUCCAAAUUCAAUGACCAAAAUAGCACAGAACUGAUGAAUAGUGUUAUGGUCAGAACAGAAGAAAUCUCUGACACCGACCUGAAACAAGAGGAGUCGUCUUCUCCCUUAGCCCGUGCUUAUGUUACUGAGGGUCUAGAGUCUCCUACCAUAGAAGAACAAGUUGAUCAAACCACCAUCGAUGAUGAAACCAUUCUUAUCGUUCCUUCACCACAUGGCUUCAUCCAGGCAUCUGAUGUUAUAGAUACUGAAUCUGUCUUGCCUUUGACAACACUAACAGAUCCCAUACUCCAACAUCAUCGAGAAGAAUCAAAUAUAAUUGGAUCAUCUUUGGGCAGUCCUGUUUCAGAAGACUCAAAGGAUGUUGAGGAUUUGGUCAACUGUCAUUAGGUAAUUCUUCAGAGACAGGUAGCUCAGGCAGAGAAGCCACACUGUUAAUUACAACAUCUCCAAAGAAAUAGGAGCAACUCCCAAGAGGCUUAAUUCACCAUUCCUUUGGCUUUUAAAUAGCUACAAUGCUUAAAGCCACAUACAUGUUGCUGCUAUGACUUUUACCUCCUUAAACUAUACCAUCUGAGGUCUAGUCUUAGGACAGUGUGUAGAUGAACUGAGUAUGGAAGUGUUAACUGCAUACAUCCCUGUGGUUCAUGUUAACUGUCAGCAGGGAAUUUUAUUCACUUCAGCUCCUGAGAAAAGUUUACAGUCACCAAAGCUUACCUACUCUGUUUUAAAAGCAGUCAUACUCAUCUCUAAACACUGGACAUGGCUCUAUCCAGUCUCAAGUAGUCCUGUUCAUAUUUCAGAAACGUCCCAUCGACAAUGUGGCAUAGAGCUUACCGGUGACACUCGAAAUGUUAAGUAUCCUUAGUUUGAAAGGUGACCAGCAUCCCAUACAGAGACCUAGGUGGGGACUGUGGCCGUUACUGUUGGUUUACCCAUUGCUGGCAGUGGGAGCUGAUUCAGGCUGGGGACACAAAGAAGCAUUACAAGAUUUAAGAACAUUCACUACAGGUUUUUAUGACUUAGAAAGGGCAUAUGGAAGAGAAUAGCAACACAGCUCACCAGAAGAUAAGUAGAGGUUUCACCCCUUCAGAACCCACUGUUGUCAGUUUACAAAGUUAGCACUUUGAAGUAAAAUUAAACUAAAUGGGACAGGAAGGUUGCUUACCCUAUACUAUGACUCUUAGAUGUUUUGCUAUACAAAUUACCCAGGAAACAGUUGAGGAAGGUAUCAGAGUCUGCCCUUCACUUUAGUGCAUUAGCUGGUGGGGUGCGACAUAACUUCUCCCUCUCAGGCAAUUAAAAAAAAAAAAAAAAUUUGCUUCGGUUAUAAAAGGAAAGAAAUCAAGAGUCAUUCCUGUAUUUGAGAAGGUAAAGCCAAAAUUAGCCUCUAGGGUUUUAAUGAACAUGACCCCUAUAGAAAAGUCACCCCAAAAAAAAAAAAGAAAAAGAAAAAAGAAAAAAAAAAAAAACCUUGUAUAAAUUAUUUUAUUUAUUAUUGUAAUUAGAUCUUCACAAUCAAAGUUGUCUUUUCACCGUCUGUGUUUCGUUAAUGUGAAAUUGUAGUUAUAAGGAAAAGUUGGUUGCCUAGGGAACAAUAAUUGUAUAUUCAGUUUAACAGAAAUAAAAGAAUAUUUGUCUUAAAA